GCUGCCAAUAAGCCAAGUCACAUGUGACAACACAGUACACAGGGGGCUAAAAUUAGACUUUAGCAGUAUUUCGCCUCCACUCUUGUGCCAGGGGGUUGUUUUCAAAGCUGUGACAAGCUUAAGGCUCUAGGGUAAACACAAGCAGAAACAUGAACCUGGGAGUCCAUUGCUAGCAUCAUAAAGUUGGUGUGACCCAAGAUCCGGGGGUUAUAUCUGGGCACGGUGGCCCCAGAAGCAGCACUGGGCGAAUGACACUCCAACAGAACACGUUCCUCAAGCAGAUGCUAACAGUUGUUCCAGAAGAAGUGGUUUGUGGCCUAUUUACACAAACGCUUGUGACCGUGACCUUCUAGAAGCACGAUGGUUGAACACAAGUGAUAACCUUCUUCAUAUUCCAAAGACCCUACACACAUCAGAUCUACAAUGGAUAGUGAGAACUAUCUUUUCCAGGAUCAGGACCUGUCGUGUGAAUUACUAAGGCAGCUGAAUGAGUUUAGAGAAUCUCGCUUGCUCACUGAUGUCAUUAUUUGCACCGGAGAUUGCGAGUUUCCUUGCCACAGAACUGUAUUGGCUUCUAGUAGCCCUUACUUCAGGGCAAUGUUUUGUAACAACUUCAUAGAGAGCACUCAAGAGAAAGUGACUUUAUUGGGUGUCGAUUCGGACUCACUGAGCCAAUUAAUCUGUUAUGUUUACACGGGUGAGAUCCUUAUCACCAGGGACAAUGUGCUUAACCUCAUUAAUGCUGCUUCCAUGUUACAGUAUGGAAAAUUACUGGAGACCUGCUCCAAAUACCUUCAGGACCAACUCAAUCCUCAAAAUUGUUUAAGCAUGAUGCGCUUGUCUGAAUUUUUUAGUUGUAUGAGCCUAAAACAGAAGUCAUGGGACAUGGCUUUGAAAUAUUUCUCAGAGGUCUCCCUCUCUGAUGAUCUCAAAGACCUCUGUGCUUCAGAACUGCUCAGCUACCUGGGAGAUGAUGACCUGUGUGGAGAAGAGGAGCAAGUAUUUGAGACCUUGAUGACGUGGAUCAGACACGACAUCCGAGGACGGAAGAGCUAUGUGCAAGAUUUGUUUAAAAAAGUCAGGCUUCAGUAUGUCCACCCAACGUUCCUCUUCCACUUCAUUGCCAACGAGCCUCUCAUUCAAUCCUCCCCAACCUGUAGGACCAUUUUGGAGUCAGCAUGUAGGCUUAUCUUCUCGCUCACCUCUUCUUUGGCUCCUGAUGUUAAGCCUAUGUGGCAUGUUCCUCGACGAUUUUCCCACCAGGAAUUUCUCAUCAAUAUUGGUGGCAGAAAGGACAACCAGCAGACCACUAGAGAUGUUUUACUUUACAGUGAGAAGACCAACCAGUGGAUGGGACUUGCCAAGCUACCCAUGCGUCUUUACAAGGCCUCCUCAGUGGGUCUACAUGGUAAUGUCUAUGUCCUAGGGGGGCUAUCCAUUGGCACCAAGUCAAACACAGUCACCUCUAGUGUUUAUAUUCUCUCUCUUAAAUUAAACCAGUGGCGUAAAGGGGAGCCAAUGCUUGCCCCACGUUACUCCCACAGAAGUAUAACAUACAAAAACUACAUAUUUUCCAUUGGAGGCAUUGGUGAAAAACAGGAAAUCCUGGGUUCAAUGGAAAGAUUUGACAGCAUAUAUAACAAGUGGGAGGCUAUGGCUAACAUGCCGGUAGCUGUUCUUCACCCUGCUGUGGCGGCCAAUGACCAAAGAAUCUAUCUUUUUGGAGGAGAGGAUGUAAUGCAGAAUCCUGUACGGCUUAUACAGGUCUACCACAUUUCCAGAAAUAUGUGGUUCCGAAUGGAAACCAGGAUGGUCAAAAAUGUUUGUGCGCCUGCGGUGGUGAUUGGAGACAAGAUUAUCAUUGUUGGAGGUUACACCAGAAGGAUAAUUGCUUAUGAUAUGAAGCAGAACAAGUUUAUCAAAUGUGCAGACAUGAAGGACAGAAGAAUGCAUCAUGGGGCCACAGUCCUACAGAAUAAGCUCUAUGUAACCGGGGGUCGCUGUCUGACUGUGGAUAAUACCAUAGAAGAUUCUGAUUCAUUUGACUGCUAUGACCUGGACACAGAUACAUGGACAUCUAAGGGAAAGCUACCCCACAGACUGUUUGACCAUGGGUGCCUUACGCUGCAGUGUGUCCCUUCUCAUUUACAGUAGGCAAAACAGUUCCCAGCUUCUGUUUCUGGGGCAAAUAAGUACUCUACCCAUUAUCUAGUCCAGUGAUCCCCAACCAGUGGCUCGUGAGCAACAUGUUGCUCCCCAACCCCUUGGAUGUUGCUCCCA